AUUCAAGGAUUUAACAUCCAGGAAGGACAUUUUGCCUAUGCAAAAGACUGUGCAUCCUUUUUCUCCCCAGCAAUACUGAUGGGGUUGGUGAUGUCUCUGAUUCUGCUGCUGGUGCUUGCCUAUGCUCUUCAUAUGCUGAUCCACCUGAAAUCUCUGGACAGGCACUACGAGUGCAAAGCUUCUCUUGCCUACUUUGCACAGAUGAAAGACAGCGACAUGGGAGAUGAGAAGGAGCCGCUGAGAAACAGUGGGAAUGAGUCCUAUGAACUUAGAAACCAACAAUUUGGUAAAAUCUAUAUCUAG